GCAUCACACACCUUCAACUAGGGAUGGUACAUCUACCUUCCUUCUAAGCAAUAGCCCUCGUCUUGAAUUCCUAUCCCAAUCUCCUAACUAAAGAAAUGAUAGAAUCAUUUUAACAACCACUUUUCUCCUUUUCUUUCUUUCCUUCGAGUAAACUCCAAGCUCUUAAUGAACCCUCUUUUCUCCCCAUAUCUUUUCCAUUUGUAUAAAAAACAACUAACUUAAUAUCCAAUAAAUCUUUUUACAUGGAAAAACAAUACCAAACUAAAAUCAUUUCUCAUGUUUUAGUCAUUGCCACCAUCAUCUCCCUAUCACUUGCUUCUUUUGCCUUAUGCAUCAUUUGUGAGAUCAAGAAAUCAAAGAAGAAGGAGCUUCGAGUUGACGGAGAGCUAUGCUAUUUACCUCAAAGUCAUGCAUAUGGUUAUGGAAUUGCAGCUUUGAUAUGUUCUUCGAUUGCCCAAAUCAUUGGGACCAUAUUCUUCAUAUUUGUUAAAAGAUCAAGCGAUUUAAAGUCUACUAAAACUUCCUUUGCAAGCAUUCUCGUGUUUUUCUCAUGGACAAGUUUUUUGAUCGCGACGAUAUUAGAUGGAGCCGCAACAAGCAUGAGUCGGGAACAGGCAUACGGGGAAGGGUGGAAGGAUGAUGGCACCUGUUACCUUGUUAAAAACGGCGUUUUUGUUGGCUCCGGAGUGCUUGUCAUUGUGGCAAUUAGUUUAAUAUUGUUGUCCUAUUAUAACUUGACGCUCAAUAAGAACCGAGGUGUACAUGUCCAACUGAAAUGACUUAUGAGCCAUGACUUAUAUUUCAA